UGUUUUGGCUUCAGUCUCACUGAGCGAGUUCCAGCGUGCGUACGUUCAUGUAGAAGAAGGCGAGUGUUGACUGCGCUUGUCUUUGUCUCCAUCAGAAGUGGUCACUCUUCUGACUCCGAUUUUUCGGAGUUUCUUCUCAGCCUGAUUCCCUGGCUCCCGAGUUUUUACCAAAAGUUCGGGCUCUCGACCACUCUUUCCUCACUCAACUCUGGCCCAGACACCACCACCGCUGACCAGGUCGCCACGUACUCCUUCCCACCAAAUCCAUGUAGUCCGGUGACGAGCCAGUUGUCAAACUUCUCGGUCGAAACAGGUGCAAUACCUAAAGACACGUUGGAAACACCUCUUCGACGGAGACAUCCACACGAUAUUAUUAUUAUCGCAAUAAUAUUCAGCUAAAAGGCUAAAAAACGAAAUAACUUCCGGUGAAAAAGUCUAAUCAGCGUAUUUAAAUAGAAGUGAAUAAAUAGGGUUGUGAACAUUUUUGGGACAAGUUUUUUGGUGGACAUAAAAGAACAAGUCACUAUUUAGUGGUUGGAUGUAGAGGAAUUUAUUUGUUACGUUGCUCUCGUAUUCAUUGCGUCACACGGCUCGGCUCCCAACAGCGGCAGGUACGACGACAUUUCACUCAUUCACACUUUUCCCCCUAAACCCCACAAAAGAGAAAGCGGAGAAAGUCUGUUGUUUUGAGACUGUUGUGCUGUCUCACCUGUCCAAGUCUCGCAUAGCCCCGAAAGCAAGGCAAGCAAGCCACUUUCAUCACCUAGUAGUUGCUCACAUGCGAGGCGGUGUAGUUGGGUCAUCCAGUGUCUCAUGGUGGUAGGAGAGUCGGUCGUCAUCGUGAAGCCAGUCUCAGUCUCAGAGUACCGUUCAGGAGGAGGUGGGGAUAUGAAGCGUGUGCUGGAGUUGGAGGCACACCACCCACCACUGAUCCAGCACCUUUCCAACGGUGGGGGCAAGAUGACCCGUCUCUCGCCCUCCUCCAUCCCCACAAAUAACAACAACAACACCCUCGCCACCAUCAAUAACCUCAUCAACGCGUCUGCCCUCAACCUGGCCCCACCCAACCCCAUGCUCCUCUCACGUCUCGUCCUCCCACCCAGACCAUCCCCGGGGGGAAGUGAGACGCCCCCGCCACAACACGACAGGGACCAGGAGGACGCAGACUUCUCCGACGAGGACGACGAGGGGCCCAAAGAUUUCAGAGCCGAACCAUUGAAGCGGAUGGACCGGAGUCUCAGUUCCCCAGCCACAGACAAUGGGCUCAACGGGGACCUCCUGUCGGAAGAGGAGGAAAGGUCACGCUCGGACUUGGACGAGGAGGAUGGGGACUCAAUGGACUCGGACAAGGUCGUCGGCGGUGCCCUCAACCUCGUGACCUCCGCCACCCACUCGCCCAGAGCAAGGUCAAGGUCCAACAACAACCACAACAGCCAUCGUGACCGUGAGAGGGAACGCCACCUAAACAAUAACAACACCAACCUCAACAACAACAACAACAACCAUCAUCACCACCACAUUCACAGCCAUCUCUCCAAGAAUGGGGGUGGUGGUGGGGGACAGGCGAAUGGGCAUCAUGGAGGUCAACUUUCCCCACCGUCCCCUUUGGCCCCUUCCCCCGCAGGGAUCCAGGCUGCACUGGCUGCGUUACAGGCUGGACAAUUAUCACUUAAUCAGUUGAUGAGUUUGAGUGGUCAGCAAUUCUUCCUACAGAAUCAGUUCGCAUCCGCAGCCACCCUUGGAAGUCAGGAAUUACAGGCACUUCAGCAGCAGUUGCAACAACAGCAGCAAAAUAUUCAGCAGACGUUGCAGCAGUUAGUCAUGUUUGGUCAGACGGCUGGUGGGACGGGGGGGUCGGCGCUGCCUCCGCCCACUCAAUUCUACCUCCAAAAUCAGCCGCCUAUGUUCCAACACCAAGCGCCAAUAAUGUCCUGCUCUUUGGAUGCAAAUAAUAGUUUGUUGAAUCAAAGUCUCUUUUCUUCAAACUUUUCUGGCUUGGCUUCGUCAAGAUCGAGCAACAAUAAUCCUGCAACAUCAUCUUCCACUUCUUCUUCAUCCUCUUCUGCUGCUGCUGCUGCUAGUACUCAGGUGAAGAAACAUUUAAAUGUCGCGCAAGCAGCAGCAGCUCAUGUGGCGCAAAGCCUGCAACAACUACAGAAAUCUCAACAAAAUUCCCACUCUCAACAACAGCAGCAACAGCAACAACAACACAUUUCACAUGGGCAGAAUCAUCAUGGUGUAAAUCAGCAGUCGCCGUUCCACCACGCCCAUCACCACCAUCAGUCGCCCACCCUUCUCAACCAUGAUCAUCACCAGAGGAACCAUCAACCCAACCGUGUCACCCCGUCGCCAAUUUCUCCAGCGUCCCCUCCUCAAACGCAUGUUACUCAUCAUAUCAAGUCAUCCACGCCCAGACUGCUCGUUUCUGAACCUCCAAUCGACGAAACUACAGACUUGGAAGAGUUGGAACAGUUUGCCAAAACUUUUAAACAGCGACGAAUAAAGCUGGGAUUUACACAAGGCGACGUAGGUCUUGCAAUGGGCAAAUUGUAUGGGAACGAUUUCUCUCAGACGACAAUUUCCAGAUUUGAAGCUCUCAACCUGUCCUUCAAAAACAUGUGCAAGUUGAAGCCUCUGUUGCAAAAGUGGUUGGAGGAUGCGGACAAUUCUCUAAACAACCCAAGCGCACUCUCCAAUCCGCACACCACGCCGGAAGCAGUGGGUCGGAGGAGGAAGAAGCGCACCUCGAUCGAGACCACGGUCAGGGUGGCGCUGGAGAGGGCUUUCAUCCAAAAUCCGAAACCUACGUCCGAAGAGAUCUCAAUCCUUGCGGAGAACUUGAACAUGGAGAAGGAAGUUAUUCGCGUGUGGUUUUGCAAUCGCAGGCGACAAAAGGAGAAACGUAUCAAUCCGCCGAGCGCAGGGAUGGGUAGCCCCCUCGGAAGCCCGAGCCACCCGUCGAUGCAUCAUGCAAUGUUUUCCCCACACGGAAUGUCUGGAGCCCCGUUGUCUCUUGUCACCAGCUACCCCUCCUCCCCAAGUCACACCCCACCCCACUCCACUAAUAAUAACCCCCUGACUAUCAAAUCUGAAUGACUGAGUUCCUAGGCUUAGGCUUCCGAGAUUCUUCACCAUCAUCAUCAUUAUCAGCAGCAUAUUCCUCGUCCUCGACCUACUCCUCCCCCUCCCAAAACCCAGUUCAUCACCCAACGACAAUUUAUAGCUAACUAGCAGCUAUAUAUUGCAACUCCCUAUAAUUAUUACCAUGAUGGAUGACGUAAAUUGUAAAUUAUUUAGCGAGGGCAUCAUCCUACGUACAUACAUAAUUUCCUGGUGAAUAUAAACCUGAGUUUUAAUAAUUAUAAUAUUAAUAAUCCCGUUGAUAAACGGUCCCGGUUUAAAACGAUUUUCAUAAUAAUUUAGUUCAGUAGCUGAAAUUAUUGCAAAAUGUGGUUAUAAUUUUAGGUGAUGAUAAUUUUGUACCUAUGUAUGACCUAGAACCUAGUAUAAUUAUUAAUUAUAAUUUUGCAGUUGUUAUUGCUCGAUUAUUUGUUAUUAUUUAUUAACCAACUUCAUUUAAUAUGUAUGAAGUAGUAAAAUGGAACGGUUUUGUUCACUAAUUUUUUUAUUAUUUUAUUUAUUUUCCAUAUUAUUUAUUUUUGAUGCAUGUUGUAGUUAACAUUCCAGCCUGCAAGGUUUUUUGUCUUCAUUUUGUGAUCAAAUUCCAUUUAUUUGAUAGCUCUAAGUAAUAAAUAAAUAAAUAAAAAGUGUUUGUGUACUGUACAAAAAAGAAAUCUCGUCGAAAAUGUCUUGAAAAAGUUCAUACGAAAGAAAACGGUGAAAGUUCCUACUUUGUCACAUAAAAAAUUGAUACUUCUUCUUCUCGUGGUGGUGGUGGUGGAGUCCUGUCAAAUAAAAAUGCAAAUUAAAGGUGCAGACUCAGUCAACAUGGUAAAUGUUCCUACUAUUUUACGUGAAUUAAUAGCAGUGUAGGUUUUAGCCUAGGAUUUUCAGGUACAUAAAUAAUAUAAAGAUCUAUGAUUUUCACAACCUAUUAUAACCAACUCUACAGGUAGCAAAAUUACAUAAUAAACCAAUAAAUGUCGUGAGUCUUAUUUGUGAGGAGUACUCCAUAGCUCGUAGGAUUAGGAUAUGAUAGUCCAACCACACACCCAACAGAGGCAUAUCUGAGGAAAAUCAAUCAACUUUUAUCUCAUCAAUUCACUACUCACUACUUACCAGUCUAAUAAAUAAUUAUGUACAGGUGUCCACUAAUAGCAGGGGACAAGAUUAUUAUUUCUACUUCGGCUACAGAUACAUACAUACAUAUUCCGUAUUACAUACGAUAGCGUUUCUGUGUACACUUUGUAAAAAAUUGAUCUGCAAUGUCAACUAUGAUAGAAAAUAGAGUGUCUCCGUAUGAAUAACUUGUAGACUUUUUUGUCGUAUCAAAAAUUAUUGAUUUUGAAUAACCGAAUAAAUAGUUACUCAAAAAGAGAUGCCAAGCUUUUAUAUAAGAGUUGGGUUUAAGCGACACACGGUCUUUGUCUUAUUUUACGUGUACUUUUAGGAUAACAAGGAUCGUGGUAUUCUUGAAACUGUAUGACAAUUGAUGGAGCGUGCAUGUGCGGGGACGAUGGAAAACUGUGCAGAUUGGCACGAUUGAGGUUUACAUUCUGAUAUUUAGUUUGAAAAUGAUUGUUAACUUUAAAUAAAAAUUUCGCAUUAAAGGCAACAAAAUUAUAAACUAU